AAAUAAAAGAAGGUGAUAGUUAAUCUUCUAUCAAUGGAAGAGCGUCCCUUCAGCUGUUUCGCUUCCUAUUUUAUUUUGUGUUUUGUGCAGCUUUCAGCUGAAAUCAGUGACUGGCUGUAGAAAAGUGCCAGGGAUAUUAUAUUUUGUUUUAUAUUCUGCCUUUAAAUGUAGUUCUGGGGUUAAAGUUACACGUUGGUUAGUUCCUCCCCAUUCUCCCCUUUCACCAUCUUCUCUUUCUUUAUCUUCCCCCCAAUCCCUUUCUCCACUUGGACAAUUGUUCUAAUCAAGUCGUUUGUUUUUGUUUUGGCCAAAUGGUCAGGGCUACUUUCUCCAGGGGUUUGGCAGGGGCGGGGGGUAAGGUGUAGGUGUUCCUGGAUUUCCACCACACGUCCAGCAACAACAGUAACAAUAACGUUGGUUCGAAAUUGAAGGGGAAAAAGGGGGGCGAGGAGAGAGGGUCCUGUGCUUUGUUUCAGCGCUAAAGAGGGCGCACAAUCCAAACAGAUCAUUGCAUUUAUCAACCCCCACCCCCCUCCUCCCAUCCUCCCCCCUCCGCCGUCCAUCCUCUCCAAGCCCUACUCUUGUUUCUGCUUCCAGCAAGAGAUGGAGCCCUGAGACUGUGCAGACUCCUAGAAACUUUAAACACUACCGAAGCUGCACUCACUGGAUGCUCUCUCUCUCUCUCUAUCCUCCUCCCCUCCUGCUGGAAUUGAUUUAUCCUUCGCAGUUUAACUUUUGAGAUUAAUUUACAGGACAGAAGCUUCUUUGAACAGAUUUGCUGAAACCUUGAAGAUAUGAAACAUGUGAUCCUUGGAACUGGUGCGCAGUCAGCUAUUGUCGGUUGCUUGUCUGAUCAAAUUAAACCCAAACUGAGUAUGUGAGAUCAGGUCGCUUGUUAAUAUGGACUUGUAUAAAAAACCCUAAGAAAUACUGAACGUGUCAAUCGAGCUGAGUGCAAGCGGAACCAUGUGGCGACUGCUCACAUUAAAGUUUGGGCGCUUGUACCGUUGUCUGAAGUUCCUAUUUGUGGUGAGUCUGUUGGUUUUCACUUUGUUGAAUACGCACUCAUUUAUUGCCUCAUUUCAGAAGAAUGAACUUGCAGAUCGUCGUUUUAUUAGCCUGAACAAGUGUCCAGCCUGUUUUGGAACCAGCUGGUGUCGUAAGUUUAUGAAUGGGCAAAUCACUUUUGAGACAUGGGGUCGUUUCCGAAUACUGGACUUCUUGAAUGUGAAAAAUGUCUAUUUUGCUCAGUAUGGAGAGCCAAGAGAAGGCGCAAGGCGUAUUGUUCUGAAACGCUUGGGCUCUAAUCAAGAGCUUGCUGAUAUGGACCAAAAAGUCUGCAAACGGGCUACUGGGCGCCCUCGUUGUGAUGUUACACAAGCCAUCUACAAGACUCAGUUUUCCCGUUUAAAUGGUGAAGUUCGGUUACUGACUCCAGAUGUUGUGGAGGGGUGGUCAGACUUAGUGCAUUGUCCAUCGCAAAGACUCCUAGACAGAAUAGUACGCAGGUAUGCUGAAACGAAGGAUUCUGGAAGCUUUUUAAUGAAAAAUUUGAAAGACUCUGAGCGGAUGCAGCUACUUCUGACACUGGCUUUUAAUCCAGAGCCUCUAGUUUUCCAGAGCUUUCCAUCAGAUGAAGGAUGGCCUUUUGCAAAGUACCUUGGAGCCUGUGGGAGAAUGGUGGCUGUAAAUUAUGUAGGCAAUGAACUUUGGAAUUUCUAUAAUGCACCCUGGGAAAAACGAGUAGACUUGGCCUGGCAAUUGCUGGAAAUCGCUGAACAACUUACAAACAAUGAUUUUGAAUUCGCGCUCUAUCUCCUUGACGUCAGCUUUGACAACUUUGCUGUUGGACCACGGGAUGGAAAGGUCAUAGUGAUUGAUGCUGAAAACGUCAUUGUGGCAGACAAAAGAUUAAUCAAACAAAAUAAGCCUCCAAACUGGGACGUCUGGUACGAGAGCACGUUUGACGAUUGUGGAAAAGAAGCCUGCCUGUCUUUCUCAAAGGAGGUUUUGUGUUCGCGUGUUACAGUUGACCAUAACUACUAUGCCAUUUGUCAAAACCUACUCUCUAAAUAUGCCACGUGGCGUGGCACAACUGGCGGGCUCCUGCACAGCCCUCCUGCAGAAAUUGUCCGAGCUGGCAGACUGGAGGCCUUGCUCGAAGAAUGUGCACACCCAAAGAAACAGUACGGCCGAUUCCAAGCAGCAAGAGAAUUGCGAGACUAUCUUGCAAAGCUGAGCAAUAAUGUAAGGUAGCUAAACAUGGGUCUGUUGUUUUUCAUACUGUUCUAGAUUUGAGAUUUGAGUUGAACAUGAGUGUGGUUCCUGUGUAGAAUGUAAACCUGUAUUGAAGGAUACCUUGCAGAUAUGGCACUAUAUAGUGUUGUAAUUCAUGCUUGGAACAACAACAGACAUCUGCAAACCAGUGUAUAGGACUGAUUAUCUGAUUAGAGCAUUGAGCUAUUAUUGACUUGUUCUCUGAUUGCCUGCAGAGUAAUUCCGAUGAAGACCAGCAGGUCACUGGUGAUAAUAGACCCUGACAAGUUUAAUGAUUGCACAUGUGUCAAAGGGCAAUUGACAUAACACAGCAUUACUGUCACAAUUUGUGAGGCUGAUUCCUUUACUGAGGAAACCUUCCUUAACUUGAAAGCCUGUUUCAAGGCUUUAACCUACUGAUGUUGUCUUGAUCCUGUCUAUAUUUUAAAUAAGGAAAGCAUUAAAAAUGUUUGUAUUAAAGAAAAACUUACAUAUACUGCCAUCAAAAUGUAUGUGCAAAAUUUUGAUACAAGUUUGCUCAUACUCCUUUUCAAAUAUGUGAACGUAUUUCUAACUUAUCUGUAAACUGAAGCACUGAGAAAAUAUGGCAUUGGGGUAUACUGUCCAGAACCUUAAAGCAUUCCCUCAUCACCAUUUAAGCAAUAAUUUGAUGUUCUGCAAAGAAUGGGAAGAGGAAAUCCUCACUGUUUGUAUUACACAAGAAGUCUGUAAGCAUGAAAUAGUGACUGGAGGUUAAUUUCUUUUGAAGCAGCAACAUUAAAAAAGAACAUUUUGAGCAUCUUUAUGGGUUACUUAAAAAAAUCAAUUUGAUUUCUGUAAAUAAAAUUAGGGGAGCUUUCUUUCCGCAAGGAGUAGAGGAGACAGACACAAAAGUAUUUGAGCACAUGCCAAAGAAUAAGAAUUGUUCCAAAAUUACCCUUCCCUUGGAGGAGAAACCUAUUUAUUGGGUAAAAGCAGUGAAAAUACAGUGCCAAGGAUUUUGGUGGCUAUUUAUAUAUUAAAAAUGCAUUACCUAAAACAGGAAUAACGUUUUUGGUUGCAAGUUUGCAUUUACCACGUGCUUGGUAUUAUUCUUUAUUGAUUUACUGGGCUGACACAGAUGGCAAUUGCUUUCUGCUCCAGAUCUCACAUUGGUACAGUAUUGUAAUUUAAAAUUUGGUUAAGGUGAUGAUUUUCCAUUUGUUCCCACUAACCUAUAUUAAUUUUUUUUUUCAAUUUAAGCAGUUGUGUGUGUUUGGCACGUUAAAAAGCCUCAUAGUUUGUGUGGAAAUGGGGUGGAAAAUCUGUUUUUGCUACUGAUUAGCUGAAGUGCAGCUGUAACACCAUUACCAGCUACUUCCAUGCCUGUGGUUCAAUCUGGAUAAAUGUUAAACUAUUCCCCGUAAAGUAAUUUUGUGACUUUAAUCUCCAUUUUAAAACAUGCUGAUGCUUUUCAUUCUAAAACUAGCUUGAGUUGGCUUCAUUGCAGGGAACUGAAUGCUGCAGUAUCACUACGAAAUAAAGUAGGAAGCAAUAGUGUUUGUUUCUCUGGUAUUUCCUAAACCUCGUCAGACACUGAAGUAAUCAGAUUAUGACCCAUUUAACAGUACAAAUGUAGCUUUUAUUGUGUACUGUACUUGUUAGUGAGGAUGCAGCUGACUCCAGGUUUGGGUUUUGGAGGUUUGUAAAUGCUGGAAAAUGCUGUCUUCACUUUAUUUUGUAUGUUCUCAUUUAGUUUCUAUGUUUUAUCAUAAUGGUUUGAUUCACUGUGCCUUUCAUUCAGAAGUUGUCUUUAUAACUUAAAGUGGAUUCAUAUAAUAAAACUUUACUUAUUAA